AUGGAAUUCACCGUCGAUUUGUCCAAGCUCAAGCAGUACCUGGAAGCAAACGUCGAUAUCUCCAAAGCCAAGCAGUUCCUGCGCUGGACAUGGCUGAGAUGCUCCACGAAGAGCGCCACCGUGGGCCGCCGCCGCCGCCGCAACGUGGAUCAGCCUCAUCAGAAAGGCCUGGCAGCCGUGCUGAACGGGGAAGAAGAAGCCCCUGACGUGACCUUCAUCAUCGGCGACCGGCUCUUCCCGGCCCACAGGGGCGUGCUAGCCGCUCGUUCCCCGGUGUUCAAAGCAGAGCUCUUCGGGCCCAUGAACGAGAGCUCCUCCACAAACACCCGGCCCAUCGAGAUCCACGACAUGGAGCCUUCCAUCUUCGAGGCGCUCCUCGGCUUCAUCUACACGGACGAUCUCGCCGCGGAUUAUGACAAGGACGACGCGGCGCCAUUGCUGCAGCACUUGUUGGUCGCCGCGGACCGGUACGCGGUGCACGGGCUGGCCGCGGCGUGCGAGUGGAAGCUGUGCCGGAGCAUCGACGUGGACAAUGUGGCCACGACGCUGGCCUUGGCGGAGCAGCACCACCGGGGGAAGCUCAAGGACGCUUGCAUUGCGUUUGUUUCUUCCAAGACCGUGCUCGAAGCUAUCAGGGAGACCGAUGGGUUUAACCAUCUUGUGCAAAGCUGCCCCUUGGUCAUGAUGGAUAUCUUGGAACAGAAGCUGCCGUCGUCCCGGGUCGCAUGGGGCUUGACUGUAUUCGGGACGCGGGUCCAACAGAGUCUGACUCUGUUCGGGACGAAGGUCCGACAGAGCGUGAGCCUGUUUGGGACGAAGGUCCAAGAGAAGCUGACCCAGUUCCGGACGCAGGUGACGACAUUGUUUGCCGAUGAGGAGUUCCAACACAAAAUUCGCAUCUGCCUGGCGUUUGUCUCCUCGUUUGGCUUCAUCGUUGUCAUAGUCAAAAACCUUGACAGUUCUUCUGCCGCAGAGGGUCGAACCGCCGCGAGCCUGCACCGGCUUAGGCUUUUGGUGUACCAGCUCCCCAGGGACUGGCGGUGGCUCCUCGGCGAGAAAGUACGGUCUUCGCUUGACCCGGCCGCUUUGCUCCGGAGUCUCAAGAAGUUCCAAGAAUCGGCUUGGCUCAACUCGGACAUAUGAGCGAGACCGAGAAAGUGGGUAUCAAUCUCAAACUCGAUCCG